AUGGGCAGUGGAGCCAGUUCAGAGAGCAAGGAGUCGGCUAGGAGAUCCAGAGAACUGGAGAAGAAACUCCAGGAAGAUGCAGAGAGGGAAGCCAGGACAGUCAAACUCCUAUUGCUGGGUGCUGGAGAGUCAGGAAAGAGCACUAUUGUAAAGCAAAUGAAGAUCAUCCAUAAAGAUGGUUUCACAUACCAGGAACGCAUGGAGUUCAGACCUGUGAUUUACAGUAAUGCAUUGCAGUCUAUCCUGUCUAUUGUGAAAGCAAUGACUGUGUUAGGGAUCAGUUAUGAAAACCCAGCUAGAAUUGAAGAUGAAAGACAACUCUGUGCCAUGGCAACAACUCUAGAGGAUGGUGGUGCCAUGUCUUCCAAAUUGGUUGACCUCAUUAAACAACUGUGGAAUGACCAAGGGAUCCAGACCUGCUUUGCAAGGGCAACAGAAUAUCAGCUCAACGACUCAGCAGCUUACUAUCUCAAUGACUUGGAUAGGUUAGCAAUGCCAGAUUACGUGCCUAGUGAGCAAGAUAUUUUGCACUCCCGAGUGACGACAACUGGGAUUAUAGAGACUCAGUUUUCCUUCAAGGAUUUGAACUUCAGGAUGUUUGACGUGGGUGGACAGCGAUCAGAGAGAAAGAAGUGGAUUCACUGCUUUGAGGGAGUUACUUGCAUCAUAUUCUGUGCUGCACUCAGUGCCUAUGACAUGGUUCUGGUGGAAGAUAAAGAAGUGAACAGAAUGCAUGAAAGCCUUCAUCUGUUCAACAGCAUCUGCAACCACAAGUGCUUUGCAGCCACUUCAAUUGUGCUGUUUCUAAACAAAAAAGACCUCUUUCAAGAGAAAAUAACAAAAGUUCAUCUCAAUAUCUGCUUUCCUGAGUACAAUGGACUAAAUACAUUUGAAGAUGCAGGAAAUUACAUCAAGAAACAGUUCCUAGACUUGAACAUAAGGAAGGACAAGGCGAUAUAUUCUCAUCUGACAUGCGCCACAGAUACGCAGAAUGUCAAGUUUGUUUUUGAUGCGGUCACAGACAUCAUAAUCAAAGAAAAUCUGAAAGACUGUGGGCUUUUCUAG